UUCACACACACACUCCCACCCACCCCGCGGGUCAAGGAGGAGUGACACAGCAGAUAUCGGUUUUUCUCAAUGCUUAUAGCCUCAAAAAAAUAUUAUUAAAACAUCUAUACGAGGUUUGUUUUGUGCAGCCCGCUCCUUGUCAGACCAAAGUAGAGAGUUUUUUCUUCAUUAUUUUUAGCUACUUUUACAGCAGGUUUUUCUCAAUAGACAGAAAAUGAUCUUGUACUACGCACACUAAGGAGUCAACAGCCAAUAUUAUCAUCUCUCAUUGCUUGUAACCCGGUAAAUAAUUUCGUACAUCUCCCCAUAAAAUAACCCUUAGUGGGAAAAAAAGCUCAUAUUCGAAUAAGUUUAUUAAAGCACCCCCUCUGUGGGAAAGAGUUAUUUUCUCAGUGUCUAGUUUACACCAUGAGGCGAGUUUUGUCAACAGGAGGCGAGUUUUGUCACGAGCAAGAACAAGCGCGGACAACUGUUGCCCAUAAAGUAAAACAAAUAUUCACCUCUAAGUCGUAUUUUACCGUCGGAGAAUGUGGAAAACAGACAACCCUCACAAGAAGGCACCCAAAAAAAGGAAAUCGGACACCUCAACUUUCUUUCCCCCCUCUCCCGGCUGCGCGCACACACACACACAAAACAGAGAACCGAAGGGUGAGAGAAAAAAACAAAAAACAAUAAAAAACACUCUCUAACUGUCGAUAUUGUCAGGAGAAAGAUGCAAAAAACAGAUGCUAGACGAGGAUAAAAUGAGAGAAGAAACGAGAGGGGGCUCAAAAGAACCGUUAUCUGCUCAGACCCUACUGUGACGGUUCUACCAAUCGCGAGGAAGAGUCCGUGAAUAUUAUGUCAGCAUUCCGUCCAAACAACGCCGUCGAUCAGAGCGCCAGGGCCAGCUCGCCAGAACUUUUCCUGCCUCACCACGAUUUCUACAACGAUGAUUUCACGCAAGUGGACUACGACGCUAUCGAUAGCACGGUGAGGAGCACCAUAAAUCCGGCCGUUUUCCAAGGCGAUUUAGACGCCAUCCUCCCCGCAGAACCUCCGCUGCCGAUCAGCGAAAGACCGCGGCGAGAAGACGACGUUAUUUUCGUCUCCGCACACCAGGAGAACUGCAGGAAAAUAAGUUUUAAAACCGAAGCGGUAAUCGAGAAUAUACAGACCCCGCCGCAGCGAAAAGAAGAACAAGAAGACGACGUUAUUUUCGUCACCGCAUACCAGGAGAACUGCAGGAAAAUACCUUUUAAAUCCGAAGCCGAGAUUGAGAAUAUACCUAUUCAAACCCCCGCUACAGACAAUUGGGCGGAGGAGCGAGAGAAUAUACCUAUUCAAACCCCCGCUACAGACAAUUGGGCGGAGGAGCGAGAGAAUAUACCCAUUCAAACCCCCGCUACAGACAAUCGGGCGGAGGAGCGAGCCCGACGGCGACUUCAUAAGAGGAGGAUCCUCGGAGACCUCAAAUUCAUGUACGCCAUAACCGUCCGUGCAUAUGCAUCAAUAUAUCGACACAAGGAUCUGUAA